CUCUUAAACCUCAUCACCCCCUUAUAAUCCUCCUAAGAAAAAAAACCCACCUCAUUCAUGGAGCUCUCUUCUUCUUUCACACAAGUCUCCAACCUAUCCGUUUACCAUAACUACUCCUUCACCUCCUCCUUCUCGCAGUUCCCAACCCAAAUCCGCCUCAAAACCCCCAAGUUCCCAAACCGAAGAUCGCAAAAUCUCCACGUCGUCGCCGUCGCCGUCGACCCACAACAGGAACUCCCCCAAAACAGCCCCCAGCGGCUCCUCAAAGAGCUCUCGGAGCGCAAAAGGGCGACUUCUCCGAAGAAGAAGGUGCCGCCGAAGCGGUUCAUACUCCGGCCGCCGUUGGACGACAAGAGAUUAGCGCAGAGGUUUCUGAACAGCCCACAAUUAUCGCUAAAGUCGUUCCCUUUACUCAGUUCCUGCUUGCCCUCUUCGCGGCUCAACAAUGCCGACAAGGCGUGGAUAGGGGAGUACUUGCUGGAGGCCAAGCAAGCUCUUGGGUACCCGCUGGAGCCUUCGGAUAGGUUCGAGGACGACAACCCAGCAAAGCAAUUCGACACUUUGCUGUACAUGGCGUUUCAGCAUCCCUCCUGUGAGAGGACCAAUGCCCGGCACGUCCGGUCCGCGCAUUCGAGGCUGUGGUUUUUGGGGCAGUAUGUGCUGGAAUUGGGUUUGGCUGAGUUUUUCCUGCAGAGGUAUCCGAGGGAGUCGCCGGGUCCAAUGAGGGAGAGGGUGUUUGGGUUGAUUGGGAAGAGGAACUUGCCCAGGUGGAUUAGAGCUGCUAGCUUGCAGAAUCUGGUGUUUCCUUUUGAUGAUAUGGAUAAGUUGCAGAGGAAGGACCGAGAGCCACCUGUGAAGUCUGUAUUCUGGGCUUUGUUUGGGGCAAUAUAUUUGUGUUUUGGUAUGCCAGAAGUAUAUCGUGUUCUUUUCGAAGUAUUUGGAAUGGACCCAGAAGAUGAGACCUGCCAGCCAAAACUACGGAGACAACUUGAAGACGUAGAUUAUGUUUCUGUAGAAUUUGAAGGCAACAAACUCAGCUGGCAGGAUGUUGCGGCUUACAGGCCCCCAGAAGAUGCGCUUUUUGCACAUCCAAGGCUCUUCAGGGCUUGUGUUCCACCAGGUAUGCAUCGGUUCAGGGGAAAUGUAUGGGAUUAUGAGAGCCGACCUAAAGUCAUGCGGACAUUGGGAUAUCCCUUAGCAUUGACUGAUAGAAUUCCAGACAUUACUGCAGCUAGGAACAUCGAACUUGGACUUGGGCUACAGCUUUCUUUCUUGCAUCCAUCGAAGCACAAAUUUGAGCAUCCUCGAUUUUGUUACGAGCGUUUAGAAUAUGUUGGCCAAAAGAUCCAGGACCUUGUGAUGGCAGAAAGGUUGCUGAUGAAACAUUUAGAUGCUCCUGGAAAGUGGUUAGCAGAGAGACAUCGCCGUGUUCUCAUGAACAAAUUCUGCGGGAGAUAUUUGAGAGAGAAGCGUCUCCACCAGUUUAUCAUCUUCUCCAACCAAGUUCAGGAUGCAUAUGAGCACAACCGAAGAUUAAGAAAUCCAGCCACAACCGCUGUUCAACAAGCCAUUCAUGGUCUCGCAUACACAAUAUACGGGAAGCCAGAUGUAAGACGCCUCAUGUUUGAGGUCUUCGAUUUUGAGCAAACCCAACCUAAAGCUGUGACUGUGUGAAGAUGAAGGAUUCAUAUUCAAAUCUAUAUGCAUGCCAGAAAGCGUUCUUUUUCCGCUCCCUCAACUUUUUCAUUUUUCUAUUCUAAAUAGGAAAUAAUUGCAUGGAACCGUAUGUGAUUGUGAUAUCUAACGACACUAAUGUAAUAUAAAGAUGUAAUAGUUUUAACUAAAUUAGUUUUAUCAUUUAUUUUCACUCUCAUAUGUGACUAGAGCACAAUUUUGCAAGUGGCGCCCAAUGUAAUGUUGCAGCCUAAGUUUUUGCUGUUCUUUC